CUUUCUUUUCAUUCUUGGUCCUCUCCUUCUUCUUCCACUUUUCUUCCUGUCAUCUUUCUAUCCGUAUAAUACCACUCAUUAUUCCUUAUAUCCUUCGUAUCAACUUCUCCAAUAAUUUCACCUUUUCUUCCUUUUCCUCUUCAGAUCCCACCAUAAAAGCCUCGGAUUUCUUCUAAAAUUGAUUGUGGAAUUCCUGAAAUUUUGCUUUCUUUUGGACGUAAAUUUGAAUUCUUUUUUUUUUUCUUCUUUUGCUUUUCGAGUUAUUUGACAAGAUAAUCCCUUUUUGGAUUGGGGUUUCUAUUGCCAUUUGAUCUCUGUACCAAUGUCGUUUGGUGGUCCGGGAAUUAGGGUUCCGAUCGGCGGCUGGUAAGUGGAGAUUUUAGGGUUUCUUCUUUUCUCCGGUGGAUGUAUAUUAUUGGUGUUAGAUACUUAGAUCAGGGUUUGCUUGAUCGAGGAAGAGGUUUUGGGGUUAUGUUUCGGUGGUGGAUGAAGCUUUCUAAUCUAGAGAGGAUUGAUUGAAUAAAUUGUUGUUUUAGGGGAUUCUGUUUCCGUCAUUUUGUUGGAUAUUAGUGGUUACGAAGGAAUUUGCGGGUGGAUCAUUUUUGUCUUCUUUUCUCCCCGAUUCAUGGCGUGCUGAUAUUGAUGAAUCUGGGUGUUUCUAUUGGGAUCUGAGGAUUUGGUGGAUUUGGUGAAGGUGGAGGCCAAGCUAAGUUAUUGUCAUCCUUAAGUGAUUUGGAGUGAGGUCUAUAUAGCUGGAUUUUAUCAUGGAUCAUGUCAUUGGUGGCAAGUUUAAGCUUGGGAGAAAGAUUGGGAGUGGAUCUUUCGGCGAGCUUUACCUAGGGGUUAACAUACAAAGUGGAGAGGAAGUAGCAAUCAAGUUGGAGCCUGUGAAGACCAAGCACCCCCAGCUUCACUAUGAAUCCAAAUUGUAUAUGCUUCUUCAGGGGGGAACGGGAAUUCCCCACCUGAAAUGGUUUGGAGUUGAGGGUGAGUACAAUGUCAUGGUUAUUGACCUUCUUGGGCCAAGCCUAGAGGACUUGUUCAAUUAUUGUAAUCGGAAGUUCACAUUGAAAACAGUGCUGAUGCUUGCUGAUCAGUUAAUUAACAGAGUUGAAUAUAUGCACUCGAGAGGUUUCCUUCACCGUGAUAUAAAGCCUGACAAUUUUUUAAUGGGUUUAGGGCGGAGAGCAAAUCAGGUAUAUAUUAUCGAUUAUGGCCUUGCCAAAAAGUAUAGGGAUCUUCAAACUCACAAGCACAUACCAUACAGGGAAAACAAGAAUCUCACUGGAACAGCUCGCUAUGCAAGUAUCAACACUCAUCUUGGAGUUGAACAAAGCAGGAGAGAUGAUCUGGAGUCCCUUGGUUACGUGCUUAUGUAUUUCCUAAGGGGAAGCCUUCCCUGGCAGGGUUUGAAAGCUGGGACUAAAAAGCAGAAGUACGAUAAGAUCAGUGAAAAGAAGAUGCUAACGCCUAUAGAGGUGCUCUGUAAAUCAUAUCCUUCAGAGUUUAUAUCAUACUUCCACUAUUGCCGAUCCCUGCGGUUUGAUGACAAACCAGAUUAUUCAUAUCUGAAGAGACUUUUCCGUGACCUAUUCAUCCGAGAAGGUUAUCAGUUUGACUAUGUGUUUGACUGGACUAUAUUGAAGUAUCCUCAGAUUGGUGCCAAUCCUAGAUUACGUCAGCCCAGUGGGAAAACAGGCCCAAGCGCUGGACCAUCCGCAGAAAGACCAGAGAGGACUUCAGUGGGACAAGAGAUUCGGGACAGAUUCUCAGGCGCAGUUGAAGCAUUUGCUAGAAGAAACAAUUCAGGUUCAGGUCUACACGGUGAUCACUCCAAGCACAAGAAUUCUGAGGAUGUAUCCUCCAAGGAUGUUGUAAGGAGUCUCCGCCAUGAACCAUCAUUUAUCAAUGUCAAGCUGAUUCGGAAAGAGGCCGCACUUCUUCCUCUCGGAAUGGCAGCACUUCUAAGAGGGCUGUUAUCUCAAGUAGCCGACCGAGCUCCUCUGGUGAGCCCAGUGAGAGUCGAUCUGGCCGGAUGGUCUCAGGCAGUGGGCGCCUGUCCACGACCCAAAGGAUGCAGCCUGGAUUUGAUUCCAAGUCAUCAUCCCUCGCACGUGCUGCUGCUGCUGCAAGAGGUGCUCGUGAUGACACUUUUCGGAGCUUUGAGCUCCUCUCAAUUGGGACUGAGAAGAGGAAGUAAAGGAGAUCCAUAUGGUAAGAAGAGAUGACCGACCGUCUGUCAAGGGGAAAUCCCCUUACUGUUUCUCUUUGAGUUCUGAGCAUUUAUUAUCUUUCCUUUGUACAUGCAAAUAUGGGUUCUUGGGUUUUCUUCACAGCUGAAGCUCGAUGAGUUCCUCUUUCAAAACAUUUUCAGUUACCUUUAGUCAGAGGCUCACGCCAUUAUAUUGUUGUAGACUCAUCCAAGAAAGAGAAAAUUCUCACUCUAGGGAAUUGUCAAUGUAUCUGAGACUUGGGUAGUUGUAAUAAAUACAGUUGCCAUUCAUGUUUAGAUAACUU